UAUUAUUAUUUAAUCAUGGAUCCUAAAUUUUCAAAAAAUAAAGACAAGCCAGAAAACACUGCCAGUCAGCCAUCCUACUUAAUAGUGCAUGCUACUGGAGAAAAACCUUUGUCAAAAUGCUCCCCUUUUUUGAUUCAGAAGUUAUUUGAAUCAACGAUCGGACACCUGAAAAAAACACAAAAACUGAGGUCAGGAGACCUACUUGUAGAAACUGCCUCACCUCAACAGUCGGCAAAACUUCUAGCUGCAAAGAAAUUGGGAGACAUUGAAGUCACUGUCACACCACAUGGAAGUUUGAACUCUUCACGUGGUGUGAUAUCUGAGUUUGAUCUGAUGUCUGAAGAUGAAUCAGAUAUUCAGAUUGGCCUUUCAGACCAAGGUGUUACUGCUGUCCGACGUAUCUCCAUUCGUCGGGAUGGCAAGUUAAUACCAACUAAACAUUUAAUCCUCACCUUUAACAAGCCGACAUUGCCAUCUUUUAUUACAGCAGGUUAUCUGCGCUGCCCUGUCCGUCCGUACGUUCCAAAUCCGCUGCGUUGUUUCAAAUGCCAGCGGUUUGGACAUUCACAGACAUCCUGUCGUGGAAAGAGCGUAUGUGCACAGUGUGGGACUGAAGGUCACGAGAGUACCGAGUGUACCAGUACCCCAUGCUGCGUUAACUGCAAAGAUGCCCAUCCUUCUUACUCUCGAAAAUGAGCCCUGCAUGGCAAAGAGAAAAGGAGAUACAAUGGGUGAAAACAGUAAACAACUUACCUUACCCAGAGGCGCGCUGAAUGGUCACUUCAAGUGCACCACUAAAACAAAAGACAUUCGCUGCUGCUUUGAAGUCCACAAAAACA